UAAAGAACUACCUUUUAAGAGAGAUAGAUAAACAAUAAUGGAUCUCUUGGAUACUAUAGAAGAUCGUAGCGGUGCUGCUAAAACAUAUCAAGUUCUGUAUGAAGAACCAAUCACACAAGUUGAUGAAGAAGUUGAUGAACAAGUUGAUGAUACACCAAAGACCGUAAUUUUGAAUAAAAUCAAACUGAAAUUAGCUGAAGUUGAUUCUACUCAAGAUCAUGCCCCAAUCGAAAGUAUGGGGAAUCCAUUUGAUUUCUCUAAAUCAAUUUUGUUUGGAAAUUUACCUACUCAAAAUGUUGAAGACACUCAAAUUCUUCCUCCAAUAGAUUCGAUGGAAACUCAAAAACUUCCACAGUUAGAUAUAAAUGAUGUUGAAAUAGCUCCAGAGACCCAAGUGAUUCCUCAAAUGGCUGUACAUGUCCCAGCUCAACCCAUUGAGAAAGAUGAUGAAGUUGAACAAACCUCCAACCAUGAAGAUACUCAACCAUUAUUUGUAUCAGAUACUGAAGAUAUAGUUGAACCAUCUAAAGAAGAGAGACAAUUAAAAAUUGCUAAACUUGCAGAAGCAAGAAGACAACAAAGAUUAGCUAAAGAAGCCGAAGAAAAUAAUUUGGUAGCAGAUAUCUCCCAUACUUCUUUAACAGACGAAGAAAACGAUUUACAACAUGAUACAGUUGUUUCCUCAGUGGCUGGACCUCACUCCGAUAAGAAUAUGCAAGAAAUUGAAGAAUUCCUUCACGUACAGAAAAGAGCAAGAAAUAUUCAACCAGAAUUUAAACGUAAAAAUGUGUUCACUGCUGAUAAACUUUUGUCUGCAUUCAAUGAUGACGAAGAAUCUGAAAAUGAAUCUAUUAUUGGUUCACUGGCAGCUAGAAGUAGCCCCAUCACGUCACCAGUAAAGAAGGUGGUUGAAACAACCAAAUCUCCACAAUUCUUGACAAACCCAAUUUCUACAUAUGCACAAAAUUUGAAGACACAAUUACUUUCAUCACCAACAAAAGAAGAGAAGCCUACCCGGCAAUUUAUACAAUUGGAUGAUAGUCUGGAUGACUCUAGUGAUUCUAAUGAUGAGCUAAAUGAAAUCCCCGCAUUAUCCAAGGAUGCAAAGUUACAUAUCAAGCAAAAAUUUUUAAUUAAAAAAAUGACUGCAAAUCCAAAAUCUAAUCUUAUUCAUUUACCAAAAAAUAUUAGAAACUCGAUAAGUACUCAAAGGAAACAAAGUGAAUCUAAGAAUUUGAUUAAUAAUUUACAAAAGGCAAACAUAAACCAAUUACAAUCCAAUAAGAAAUUUGAUCCAUUACGUCAAGAAAUGCUUGAAAUUGAGAAAGAUGAUGAAGUUAUGGGUUCAUUAUUGGAGAGAGAAAUGGAAAGAGCAAGAAACAUUAGAAAACGUGAAAAAUUAUUGGAAAAGGCAAAGAAUGCCUUAAUAAAUGGAGAAGCUAAUGUAAAUGGUGUACAUGGAGAAGUCGAGGAGGUUCCUGAUAGUGAUAUGGAGUAUUCUGUGGAUGAUUCUGACUACGGUUCAGCCGAGGGAAGUGAAUCUGAAAAUGAAGAAGAAGAAGAAGAUAAAGGAGAACAACUUGAAGAUAGAAAAUCUAUUAGAAAGAAUAGAAGAGUCAUUCUUAGUGAUGAUGAAGAUGAUGAUCCUAAAUUAAAUAAAAAUUCUGAAGAGGAAGAGGAAAAUCAACAACAAAUGGAUGAGAAGAUGUUUAGAAGUGAUGAUAGUUAUAUGUUUGGAGCUAAAGGUACGGAAGGUGAUGAAAACAUCGACAGUAUUAACGCCAAUAGAGAUGGAUAUAUUACAACCCUUAGUACUCAAAGUGUCGAGCCUCUGGUUGGAAUCAGUGAUAAGUCAGAUACUCAAAAAAUCAACAAUGAUCAAGAGAAUGAAAUUAAUGAUAGCAAUACUAAUGAAUCUAAGUAUGAAUUAUUCCAAAAUUUACAACCAAGGAAGUUAUCUUCAAUUACUCAAUCACAAAAUUCAGAACUAUUGAGAGAAUCUCAACAUCAAGAUGAUUUAAGUCAUUUGAAAGUUCCAUCUUUCCAAGAUAUUGCAACUCAGCAAGAAUCACAAGUUGCUACGCAAGUUGAUAUUUCCACACAAGCUGAUGAUGUAGCAGUUUCUCAACUUUCUCCAAUGGUGGAAGAUUCGGAUGAUGAAGAUAUUGUAGAUCCAUCUGCACUCAGACGAGCAAGGAAAUUAAUUCAAGGUAAUUCUCAAGGUGACGAUGAAGGAAAUGAACAAGAAGAGAAGGAAGAAGAGGUUGACGAAGAAGAAGCACGUAAACAAAUGCGUAUAUUUGAGAAUAAAUUGAGAAGAAAUGAAUUAAGAUCAAGAAUAAAGAGAAAGGAAAUGGAAAGAAAAGGUUUGAAAAAUAUAAUUGAGGGAGAAGCUGAAGAAUCUGAAGAUGAAUGGCAUGGAAUUGGUGGUCUUGAUGCAGAAAUGUCUGACCAAGCAAACUCUGAAGAUGAAAAGAUGAUUGAUAAUAAUUUCAACAUUGAUUUAAAUGAUGAUGAAGUUAGACGGAAGUUUAUGGAUCAAUAUCAAAUUAAGGAUAAACAAGAAUUAGAGAAAUUACUUGACGAUAUUAAAAAUCAUAGACUUACCAAACGAGCGGGUGCUCAAAACGGAUUUGAUAUCGAAUUGAGUGAUGAAGAAGAUGAGUUACUUACAGCAUACCGAAAACAAAGACUUGCUGAACAAAGAGCUCGAUUGUUGGAAAAUAAACAAAUGCAAGAGCUUGCUAAGAAUGAAAAAUCGAAAGCAUUUUUCGCAUCAAUCCAAGACUCUACAUCUUUAGUCACAAUUGACGAUGACGAUGUUAAACAGGUUUCUGAAAACGAAGAGAAAGAAAAGGAAGAUGAUGAUAACACCGAAAAGGAUAUUGAAGAAGAGUUGGAUACCAAAAAGAAAGUAAUCAGAGUGGAAGAAGCGUUUGUUCAAAGACAACUUUCAUUCCUUCGUAACGUCGGUGAUAGUGAAGAAAUUGAGUAUAUGAGACAGCAAAAGAUUUCACACAAGCAACAUGGUUAUCAAUCUGAUAAUGAAUUUGAAGACUUACAAACAUUGAAACAGAGAUGUUUAGAGAAUUUAAACCAAGGUAAAAGUCUUACUCCAGAAUCUGAAUCUCAGAAACGACCCUUGGAUGUCAAUGAAACUGAUGUUGACACCGAAGAUGAAGAAUUCAUGCCUAGUUUGAAGCGUCCAUCGUUGGUUAAAUCAUUUAGAUCCAACAACUCUACACUGGAGACCUCCAGUUUGGCAUUUUCUGGUGUUAUUGUCAGUAAGAAGUAUAAACCUGCCACAGGAUCAAAGUCUUCUAUUGCUCACAUGUCUUCAUUCAAAAAGACAAAGAGUGUCAAAGAAGCAAAAAUUGCAAAGAGAGUUUUAAGCUCAAAAAGUAGAAGUAUCAACUUAUCGGGUAACACUGGUUUUGAUAUGUAAUUUCAUAACACAACCCUAGCAUAGAAAAAAACUAAUAUACAUUUUAAUAUAAUAAUUACAAUAAAUAUGAAUGGUAAAUGGAAGGACUUCGAGUUUUCAUUGGGGUUAACCGUAGU